AUGUUAUAUGAUCAUGCGAGAUCUGGUCGCUCCGGGGGUGGUACAGCUUUAUUGUGCCGUGACAGUAUUAGCGUGACGAGAAUCGCGGCUGGCGAGAAAAAGUCAUUCGAGUUCUCUGAGUGGAUCAUUCUUGGUCGGGGCUCUCGGAAAGUCCGCGUCGUUGUUGUGUAUCGCCUGCAGUAUUCUUCUCAUCCUGUGUCUGUUGAUGUCUUCUUUGAGGAGUUUUCAGCCUAUCUGGAUUCAAUCAUCCUUUCCUCAGAGCCGUUGUUGAUAACUGGCGAUUUCAAUAUUCAUGUAGAUGUUGUCGGGGAUCCUGUUCGCGCGAACAGCAUGUUACUACGCCAACUCACGAAUCGGGGCGAACAUUGGAUCUAA